AUGUUGAUUAGAAAUAAAAGAGACAAGGAACUUGAUCGUUUGUUGUUUCUUCAGAGGGAGUUAGAAGAAAAAGAGGUUGAGGACAAAAUUGCAAAAGUUACUCGGCAAACUCAAGAAUCACUUUUUACACCAUGGACCUUGGAAAGGAUUCAAUGUGAAGCUAUCAAUGAUCCCAACAUUCACUGGUUGGAGAUUGUAGUAUCCUUCGAACUGGGUAAUACUGCUGAUUCUCAUUUUGAUUUUUCGGUCACUCCGAGAGAAAUUCUAUUCCAAUGCUUUAAGAAAAUUGAGAGAGAUCACCUUCCAUAUUAUGAUGUUAAUCAUAUGUUCUUCUCAUUCUAUCUCAAGUAUGGAAACCCAUAA